GAAAACAAGUUGACAAUUGUUUUAUAUAGAUAUUAUAUCGCAAUGGAUUUGAAGGAUCUAGAAGAGCUGUACGAAGAACAGUUACGUAUGAAAAACCUAAGAAGUCUUAUUAAAAGCCCCAGGGCUCGAGAGAUAGCCGAUAGAGCAAGGUUGGAUUCUGCCGAUGGUCGAGUAAUAGAUGAGCACGAUCAAUUUUAUCGGGAUCAUAAAUUGCUUUUGACUUUAUUCAGGAUUCUCGCAGUUAUGCCUGUCCAGCGUGGCAAAAUCGGCAAAAUAACUUUCGGUUGGCGCAGUGGUCCCAUGAUCUACGCCUACAUGUUCUACGUUGCCACCACAGUAAUUGUGUUUAUGGUGGGCUACGAAAGAGUCGACAUUUUAUUAAACAAAAGCAAGAAAUUCGACGAAUAUAUUUAUUCCAUUAUAUUUAUUUUAUUUUUGGUACCCCAUUUUUGGAUACCGUUCGUUGGAUGGGGGGUUGCCACUGAAGUUUGUGAUUAUAAAAACGGAUGGGGGUUCUUUCAGCUUCAUUAUUAUAAAAUUUCAGGUAAAAAUUUGGUGUUUCCCCACCUAAGCACUCUGAUAGUCAUUAUCAGUUCAGGUUGUCUAAUUUUGUCAGUGGUAUUUUUACUGACUCUAAGUGCUCUAUUAGAAGGUUUCACGCUUUACCAUACAUCUGCUUAUUAUCAUAUUAUUACAAUGAUAAAUAUGAAUUGUGCACUUUGGUAUAUCAAUUGUAGAGCUAUUGGUAAUGCCAGUUCUGCAUUGGCCGAUAUCUUUCAAGAAGAUAUUAAUAAACACUGUACAGCCUAUAUUGUAGCUCACUAUAGAGUUUUGUGGUUAGAGCUUAGUGAGCUUUUGCAGGCUAUUGGGAAUGCUUACUCGAGAACUUAUUCCACCUAUUCCCUGUUUAUGAUCACCAAUAUAACUGUUGCUAUAUAUGGGUUUAUUUCUGAAAUCAUAGACCACGGCAUAACAUUUUCUUUUAAAGAAACGGGACUGUUGGUAGCUGGAUUAUACUGUUUGGUACUUUUAUUUAUAUUUUGCGAUUGUUCUCAUCAGGCUUCGGAAAAUAUAGCUGGAAGAGUACAGACGUAUUUACUGGAAAUCAAAGGAAAUAGUGUGGAUUUAAAUACUAGACGAGAGAUUGAACUAUUUUUGACAGCUAUCCGUUUGAACCCACCAACAGUGUCUCUAAAAGGGUUUGCUGAUGUGAAUAGGAGACUUGUUACAUCUAGCGUAGCUACAAUCGCUAUAUACCUUAUUGUAUUGCUACAAUUCAAGAUCAGUUUAGUCAAUUUGAAAACUUAGUUACUCAUCUUAGAUGCUGAUUUGUAACAUUUUUUAACUUUCUUUUAAGUAGAAAACUCUUCUUUGAAAUGUUGGUUUGCCUUACUUGUCACAGUUCAUUGUUUUAAGCUAUAAGAUUGGUAGUUAAUAGUAAUGAAGAUUAAAUAUGUAGAUAG